AUGUACCAUUUUCCUAUGAAAUCGCUCAUUCUUGCUCUCUCCAAUCCAACAUCUCAAUCUGAGUGCACUGCUGAAGAAGCUUAUACAUGGAGCAAGGGUCAAGCAAUCUUUGCUAGUGGUAGCCCAUUUGAUCCUUAUGAAUAUGAAGGAAAAGUCUUUGUUCCUGGACAGGCCAACAAUGCUUACAUAUUCCCUGGUUUUGGCUUCGGUUUGAUCAUCUCCAGUGCAAUCCGCGUCCGCGAUGAGAUGCUCUUGGCAGCCUCUGAAGCUUUGGCUACACAAGUGUCACAGGAGAACUAUGAUAAAGGACUGAUUUACCCUCCAUUCUCAAAUAUCAGAAAGAUAUCAGCACAUAUUGCUGCUAACGUGGCAGCAAGGCAUAUGAACUUGGUUAGUUUCAUGAAAUAUUUUGAGUUUCAGACAACUUUGCUCUGUUUUCUUUUCAAUACUUAUAUCUUUUGUGCUGUGUUUGGUAAAACAGGUCUUGUUUCUCAUCUACCUCGACCUAAGGAUCUUGUCAAAUAUGCAGAAAGUUGCAUGUACAGCCCAGGCUACAGAAACUACUAUUGAGAUUUUUGAACCAUAUUAUAUCAUGUUUUGUUUAGUUUAGUUUCAAAGGCUACAAACUAUGAUUCAGACCAAAGCUUGUGGCGGCUUCAUGAACUAAACCAAGCAGAACAUAUUAGUAGUGUGCUCUCCGCAGUUUUACAGUUUUGAGAUACUUGUUAGGAACAUAUUCAUUUUAUUGCUAAGAUAGAUUGUUGUACAAGGCAUCGCCAUAGGAACUUAAAUUCUUCAACCAGUUGUGAGAAGUUUGCU